AUGUGGCUUCUCCCCAGCUUCCGAGCCGGCCUUGCCUGGGCUCUCCUUAGCGUGGUUCUGGGGAUGGAGUUAAGUCUGCAGGAAAGUUUACUGUUAAAAUCCUUGGGUCUGAGCGCCAAGCCCAGCCCGAAAACCCCCGUUCCUGUGCCGCCUGUGCUCUGGAGGAUCUUCCAGAAGAGAAAGACGCUGCCUUCUACCAACAAAGACCUGGCAGAUGCCUGUAGGGUGGAGGAAUUUAAUGUCCCUGGAAACAUCAUCCGUGUCUUCGCUGACCAAGGCCACUUCAUUCAUAACGGGCAGCCCCAGAGGUUGCUGUGUCUGCAGAAGCGUCUGUACUUUAACCUCUCCGUGCUGGAGGAGGGCGAGCGCUUGACGAUGGCUCAGCUAGAGAUCAAAUUCAGCCACAACUCCUACCACGCCUCCAGCCAGGGGCAGGUUUUUGAGCUGAGGCUCUACCAAGCCUCCCAGAUGUCUCUACGGGGGAUGCCCUCCCAGGGGCACGGCCGAAAGCUGCUGGUGGAGCAGUCCUUCGCCCAGCUGCACAAGUCUCUUCUCUUCAACCUGAGCGGGGUGGCGAGGGACUGGAGGACGUACAGCAGGAAUCUGGGCUUGAUCCUGGAGAUCUCGGUGAGCGGUGGCACGUCAGCCCUGACGAGCGGGGGGCUGCAGAGCCCCUGCGCCAGCAUCGACUCCUUCCUGGAGGCCUCUCUGCUGGUGGUGACCCUCAGCCAGCAGCAGUGCAGGGCUUCCAGGAGGAGGAGGAGUCCUCACUACACCCCCGUCACUCCGAGCAACCUCUGCAAGUCCCGGCGGCUUUACAUCAGCUUCAGCGACGUUGGCUGGGAGAACUGGAUCAUCGCCCCGCAGGGCUACAUGGCUAAUUACUGCCUGGGCGAGUGCCCCUUUCCCCUGACAGCGGAGCUGAACAGCACCAACCAUGCCAUCCUGCAAACCAUGGUGCACUCGCUGGACCCGGAGGGGACCCCCCAGCCCUGCUGCGUCCCCGUCAGGCUGUCCCCAAUCUCCAUCCUCUACUACGAUAACAACGACAACGUGGUGCUGAGGCACUACGAGGACAUGGUGGUGGAUGAGUGUGGCUGUAGAUAG